GCCGGCCGUCUCCACAUGGUGUCGUGUCUCCUCUCCACAUUUUGCAUCGUCGUUUAGAUUGCAACUGAAAGCUGAGUCCAAAUGAGAGUGAACAAAAAGGUGUCAUCUAACCGUCCACUCUUUCUUUUUCAAACAGCAAAGUAACCAGUCAUUCAUCUUCCCUACGAGUACUCACAAUUUCACUCACUUUCUCUGUCUAUAUAUACCCUGCUCUGUUGCCACUAUGUCAUAUAGAGAGAGAGAGGUGUGUAUAAUAUACAGGAGAGGAGAUGGCGGGAGUGAGGAGGAUGAAGCUAGGUUCACAAGGUCUAGAAGUAUCAGCACAGGGACUAGGCUGCAUGGGCAUGUCCGCCUUCUACGGCCCUCCCAAGCCCGAUUCCGACAUGAUUGCCCUAAUCCACCACGCCAUUGAUUCCGGCGUCACCUUCCUUGACACCUCCGACGUCUACGGUCCUUUCAUCAACGAAAUCCUCAUCGCCAAGGCUAUGAAGGGAGGGUUUAGAGAGAGAACUGAAUUAGCGACCAAGUUCGGUAUCAGCAUUUCCGACGGCGGCUUCCAAAUUCGCGGCGAUCCGGCGUAUGUCCGGGCCUCCUGCGAGGCCAGCUUGAAGCGGCUCGACAUCGAUUGCAUUGAUCUCUAUUAUCAGCAUCGCGUUGACACUAGCAUCCCUAUCGAAGUCACGAUGGGAGAACUCAAGAAACUGGUGGAAGAGGGUAAAAUCAAAUAUGUAGGUUUAUCCGAGGCCUCUGCUUCAACAAUCAGAAGGGCACAUGCUGUUCACCCGAUAUCUGCAGUGCAGUUGGAGUGGUCAUUAUGGACGAGAGAUUCGGAGGAAGAAGUUAUUCCUACUUGCAGGGAACUUGGCAUUGGGAUUGUGGCUUACAGUCCUCUAGGACAGGGGUUCCUGUCUUCAGGUCCCAGUCUGGUUGAGAAGUUUUCUGAUGAUGACUUCCGAAAGCAUCUACCAAAGUUCCAACCUGAGAAUGUGGAGCAUAACAAAAACUUAUUUGAGCGGGUAAAUGCUAUGGCAGCAAGCAAGGGAUGCACUCCAUCACAGCUCGCAUUGGCCUGGGUCCAUCACCAAGGAAAUGACGUGUGCCCCAUACCUGGCACUACCAAGAUCGAAAACUUUAAACAAAACAUUGGUGCUUUAUCCGUGCAGCUAACAAAGGAAGAAAUGGCUGAACUCGAAACUAUUGCUGAUGCUGUUAAAGGUGAAAGAUUUGGGGGCGUUAUAAUAUCUUGGAAGGAAUCAAACACUCCCCCAUUGUCCUCCUGGAAAGAUGAAUAAACACGCGAGCCUGCCUCCCUUAGUUGCUCGAGGACCAUUGUUGUUGUGAGUUUGUAGUGUUUUAUCAUGGUGUUCAGAGAUGGUGUAAUUUCUUUAAGUGCCUAGCUUUUGUUGAAAGAACAAAUAUCUAAAAUACAUAUGUGCCUAUGUGUGAGUCUAAAUAAAGACAAUGUUAACUUUUUUGUACCUCUUGAUCCUCAAUUCACUAUAUCCUCAUUUGUAUUUCUAUA